AUGAUGGAUUCCAUGGACGCCAUGAGCCUCAUCGAUGUCAUGGAUGAAGCCUACAAUGACGCAGCCACCCAGGGCAGCACCGUUGAGGCUUAUCAGCCGCGUGCGUAUCAACUUGAGAUGUUGGAAGCCAGCUUACGACAGAACAUCAUUGUGGCUAUGGAUACAGGUAGUGGAAAAACUCAGAUAGCGGUCCUCCGCAUAAAGGCUGAGUUGGAGAAUGGCGCAUCCGAAAAACUUGUGUGGUUUUUGGCCCCGACCGUCGCACUGUGUAUUCAACAGCACGACGUCAUUGCUUCACAGCUCUCGUCGGUCAAGAUCCGAACUCUAACAGGCUUGGACAACGUCGAUCGCUGGACAGAGCAGGCUACCUGGAACAAGGUUCUACGGGAUGUGCGCGUGGUUGUAUCAACCCACGCGGUCCUUGCAGAUGCCCUAAGCCAUGGGUUCGUUCGAAUGUCCCAGUUGAGUCUGAUUGUCUUCGAUGAAGCACACCACUGCAUGCGUCGGCACCCGGCGAAUAAAAUCAUGCAAAAUCACUAUCACCCUACCCUACUCAAAUCCGGCCGGGAGGCAGUCCCCCGGAUUUUGGGCCUAACAGCCAGCCCCAUCGUCAGAUCUAAUCCAACAGAGCUUGAGAUUAUCGAGGCCAAUUUAGACGCCGUGUGCAGAACCCCACUUACACACCGAGAGGAGCUCCUUCAACAUGUACAUCCGCCACACUUAGAGCGCAUCUUGUACUCUCCGAGUGAACCACAGAAUCUGGGUGCUGAGAGCAACCUGCUUCUCCCGCUUUUGCGUUGUAUCCAAUCCUAUGAUAUCCGACAGGAUCCUUACAUCCAGAUGCUCAGACAACUACCCGAGACAGAAGCCGAGGCAGAAAAAGUCACAACCUCUAGCAAAACAUAUUGUUCUGAACAGCUGACAAAGCUUCGGGAGCAAAGCUGCCACAUUUACGAAGAGCUUGGCGGCGAUGCGGCAGACUAUUUCAUCAAAGCUUGCAUUGAGCAGCUGCAGGAAUCAGCUGCCAAUGAGAUGGAAACGACAAAAUUGGCUCGUGAGGAGAAGGCUCAUAUCCUUGGAAUCCUUCAAUUAAUGCAUAUGCCUUCUGAGACAACUCACAACUUCAGUGCACCUCAUAUCUCCCCAAAGCUCCAGCAAUUGUUACGCUUUCUUGAGAAGACGGAUGAUCCGGUCUUCUCGGGCAUAAUAUUUGUCCAAAGGCGCGCAACGGUCAGCGUCUUGGCGCAUCUCUUAUCCAAGCACCCCUCAACUAAGGAUCGGUUCCGAUGUGCGGCAUACGUGGGGUGGUCGAACAAUGGAGGUCGUAAAGAUUCUAUUGGGGAUCUGCUUAGUCGAAACACGCAGAGGGACACGCUCACGGAAUUCCGUACUGGAAAUAAGAACCUCAUUGUCGCCACGGAUGUCUUAGAAGAAGGCUUGGAUGUAAGUUGCUGCAGUCUGGUGAUAUGUUUCGACAAGCCCUCCAAUCUCAAGUCUUUUGUCCAAAGGCGGGGACGGGCGCGGCACGAGAAAUCGACAUAUGCGAUUAUGGCUUCGACAGAUGAUAAGACCUUGAAUGUUCGAAAUUGGGAAGAGUUGGAGCAAAUGAUGGUCAAUGCCUACAAAGACGACGAGAGACAACAACGGUGCUUAUUGACCCUACAGGAUUCCGAAGAGAAGGUUGUGGAGUACCUGAGUGUUCCAUCCACGGGUGCCCGAUUGAGCGCAGAAGACGCGAUACAGCACCUUCAGCAUUUCUGCAGUACUCUACCUGUUGAUGACAAUGUCCACAACAUUCCCGUAUUCACGUUUAAAACUAAUUCCAAUGGUCUUUUUCGAGGCUCGGUCACGCUUCCCACCUCCGUUCAUUCUGCUGUCCAACGGACAGAAGGCAAGACCUGGUGGCACACAGAGCGCGCAGCCCGUAAGGAGGUUGCCUUCCAGGCGUACAAGGCGCUAUGGGAACAUGGUUUGGUGAAUGACAAUUUAUUGCCGCUCACCAAAAAGGCUGAGCUCAGAUUCGGUGCAGAUAAGGAUAUUCCCGCGCUCGUGAAGUGCUCUGAGCAGUACGACCCUUAUGUGGACCUCGCACAGGCUUGGUCAUCCCCAGAUUUGCACCAGACCGAUAUCACAUUCACCAGCAAUGGAUCGGUGAAUGAAUAUUUGAGCAUGUCAAUUCUGUUCCCAAAAUUCGUCACCCUACCCAAAAACAUUCCACUUCACUGGGAUGGUGAUACGACCUACAAUGCAUCAUUCUCACCCUUGAAGCCGCUUCAGUCACUCACACCCGAGGCCCUUGAAUUGAUGAGAGACAUCACAGCCAUGUAUUUGCAAGCACCAUCUUCGCGUCCACAACCUCCGCUUCGAGACUUUGUAGUUGUCUUCAUCCCAGCGGUCUCCAAUUUGGCAUACUGGGCAAGCCAGAACCAGGGUACCACAAAGCUUCUGGAGUACUUCGAAGGGGACGUAUCAAUCCACCCAGUGGGGAUCAUCCGUGAUCCAGCCAAAUACAGUGAGCCACGUAUAUUUCGCCGGUGGAUUAUUCCUGGAGAAGGGAAGACUCGCAUUGAGGUUGAAUGUCAGUCAAUUCCCAAGAGACGCAAUUUCCUGCAAUCUCGCACGGCAAAUGAGAUAGGCGAGGAAUCCGAGAAUUACCCACCGAAGAUCUUUAUUCUUCCCGCAGAGAGUUGCACGGUGGAUAAGCUUGAUGCCAAGAAUGCUAUGUUUGGGCUGCUUAUAUCUGCAAUACUCGACCGGAUGGAGGCCACAAUGGUCGCCCAGGUGGCAAAUAACAUGAUUUUGAAGGACGUUGGAAUCAACGACCUCGGUCAUGUUCUCACCGCUAUCACUACGCCGUUAGCGCAGGCUAGUACUGAUUAUCAGCAGUAUGAGUUUUUCGGCGACUCGGUUCUGAAAUUCACUGUUGCCUGUCAGCUUUUUUUCAAGCAACCCACAUGGCACGAAGGUUAUCUUUCUGAAAGCCGAGACAAACUUGUCCAAAAUAAACACCUCGCAUACGCAGCCUUAGAAGCAGGCUUGGAUAGCUUCAUCCUGACCAAAAGGUUUACUCCGCGAAAGUGGGAAGCCCCCUUUAUCUCCCAAAAAGCAGCGGCACCACCGGCAAAGCGAACCAUUUCCAGCAAAGUGCUAGCGGACGUAGUCGAGGCUCUCAUCGGUGCAGCGUAUCUAGAUGGCGGAAUUCACAAAGCCCAGGCGUGUCUCCACCACUUCUUACCAGAAGUUGACAUCUUUUCGGACGAGAUCCCUGUUCACCUCAGUCCGACCCCGGAAGGUAAGAGCAAUGUGAUCGAUCCGCGCGCUCUUUCACCUCUGCUAGGAUACAAUUUCAAGGAUGCUUCACUUCUCACCGAAGCACUCACCCAUCCUUCAUGUGAGCAUGAUAUGAGCACACAGUCUUAUCAAAGGCUGGAGUAUCUUGGCGAUUCCGUGCUCGAUAUGCUGAUAGUAACACUGCUUGCCAAGCACCCAACUGUGAUACCACAGGGGCAGAUGACACUGAUCAAACACUCGGUGGUGAAUGCAAACCUCCUUGCGUUCUUUUGCAUGGGUCUCAGCACAACAGACAACUCCAUGGAUGCAAAGCAGCCCGCAAGACUCUCUCGCGGAAAUGGAAUCCACCUCUGGCGCUUCCUCCGAUUCGGCAGUACGGUGCUCGGAUCUGCCAUCGACAAAUGCUUGGACAGGUUCAACGCCCUGCGUGACAAGAUCGCCGAGAAGGUAAAGCAUUCAGCUGGGUAUCCAUGGGAGCUUCUCGCAAAUCUUCACCCUGACAAAUUCAUGUCAGAUAUUAUGGAAAGUGUCCUUGGCGCCAUUUUCAUCGACUCCGGCGGUGAUCUCAAUCAGUGCGAAGCCUUCAUGGAGCGGACUGGUCUGCUCGCGUACGUACGGCGCAUGCUCGCAGAUGGAGUAGAUGUGAUGCAUCCGCGCAAUGCGGCGCAAACCUUGGUGAAGUUCGAGGGUAACCUCGUCUUCAAGCCCAAAAGGAUGGAGAAGAAUGGCAGCCCGGCGACUUACCAUUGUUCGGCGAUCCUGAACAAGGUAGAGAUCGCAUCCAUUGAGGGAUGCGUCUCCUCUGAGGAAGCGGAGGUUCGGGUGGCUUACUUAGUCAUCGAAAAGCGUACCGCAUCCAUGAAUGGAAACGCCUAG